AUGAACGGAAACACUACCAUGGGCACCCUCCUCCGCGCCUCGAUGCUCGCCCGCACCAUCCUCCCACGCACCACUACUCGCGCUCUUCGCACCACGCCAAACAAAGCGACAACCCUCCCCAGCAGCACCCCUAUCAACCCCACCCUCACCAACAAGCUCGACCAAGAAGACGCCGGAAACUACCUCACAGGCGCCAGCACCUUGAGCCUCGGCGACGCAGUCUUUCUCCUCGUGGGUGGCAGCAUGGCAUUUUGGAUUGGCAACAAGGCUAUCGAGGAGGUGAAGGAUGUGGUCUGGCCGGAGUUGAAGUGGGUUGGGAAGAAAGUCGUUGGGAAGGAUGGGGAGGGAGGAGAGGGAGUGAAGUGA